CUGCCCUAAUAUUUCGCAUAAACAUGUAGGUCAAAUUUCUAGCGGGAGUUUAUUGACUUUAAUCAAGGAAUUUGGCUGAAUUUAUGGAUAAAAUGAAGGACAAGCAGAAUCAGCAACUGGUGACACCAUGGUGCAUUACAGUUUUGAUUAUUCCCAGCAGGUGUUGUAUCCGCACUAUGCCCAACAGGUCGGAAAACUCUUCUUCAAAACACCUAGAAAAUGUGGAUGCUUUGGAGUCUGCUGUGAAUCUUCAGGAACUCAGAUUUUGUAUCUUCUGGAUGAGUCUGUCGGGAAAAGUGUUGGCAAAGGGGCAAACAGUGUUGUAUCCAUGUUACAUCAUCAUUUCACCCAUCUGGCCUAUGGGGAGAAGAGAGACAACUGCGUAGUGCAAAAUAAAAACAAUACCGUGAUUGGAUAUGGUAUGUGGAGGGUCAUGAGAGGGCUGCACAAGGAGAUAGAAUUCAGCUUGAUGGAGGCAGGCCACACCAAAUUCAGUCCCGACUGGCACUUCUGCUUAUGGAAGGUCAAAUGGCGAGCAUCGAAUGGUGAAACAUUGGAAGAAGUGGCGGACACUGUUCGAAAGUCAUUUUGGGGUGGAUACAAUAUUCCCCAUCUUGUCAAUGACCCAGCUAAGCCGGUGACCUUUUAAAAUUGGACCUAAUUCUUUAGGACUUUGUUCAAGCCUAUUCCAGGGCUGACCAAAUAUCACCAUUUUAGGAUCACUAGUAGCCACCCAGGGACAGUGUUUGUGAGAGAAUAUGCUGACAAUCAAGAGGUUGCCAUAGAAAUUACAAGACCACAAAGACAGCCUAUCCCCAGCAGUGACAUGCCGGAACGGAUUGAUAUUCAGGAGCUUGAUGCAAAAAGGUCUUGGUACCUGUUUGAGGAGAUUGCUCCUCUUUGCAACAACAGCCCAGCAUGUACCAAACCAACAGUUCCAAAACCAUCCAGUGGUGUUAGGCUAUAGUGUUGUGACAUGUUUAUACAUUGAUUGUAAAUGUUGGACUUGUCAGAUUAUUGUUUAACAGUUAAUUGAAGUUGUAGUGACUAUUUUAUCUAUAUUUUUUAUUUAAACUUCAUAGAUAUUGUGAUAGUCGUCAACUAAUUAUUUUAGUGAAAUAAACGUGCUUCGCAUUGUAGUAAAAGUUUGCCUUUUACCAAACUGAUGCCCUUGUUCCGAACUUGAGAAUUGAUAUGUUAAAUAAUAAUUUUUAUCACAAGUGCACAUUUUGUUCAUCAUGUUUAAAAUCUCCUUCAUUUCUUUAUUAACUAGAAUAUUAUUGAGAUGCUUGAAACACUUGUUACUUUAAUGACAUGC